UGCGGACAAACCAUACUCGUGCGCAGCCUGUGGCAAGACCUUCGCCCUCUUUGCCACGCUGGCAGCGCAUGAGCGCACCCACAUGUCUGACGAGGCCGCCUACCGCUGCCCGACGUGUGGUGAGCGCUUUCCCAACAGCGGCAAGCUGGAGAGGCACCAGCAGCGCCACCUGGGUGAGGAGAGGCCGUUCCGGUGCCCGGCUUGCAGCAAGGGCUUCGUGCUGCUCUCAGGGCUGCGGCAGCACCAGCGCGACCCCCCGUCCCGCUGCCCCCAGUGCGGCGAGGCCUUCAUGUGGCGCUGCCGGCUCACCGAGCACCGGCGCAACUGCCACCCGGCAGAGCGCCCCUUUAAGUGCCCCGAGUGUGGCAAGGGCUUUGCCCAGAGUUCGAAGCUGCUGCGGCACCAGGUGACUCACACCGGGGAGAAGCCGUUCAAGUGCCCUGAGUGCGGCAAGAUCUUCAGCCAGAGCUCCAACCUGGCUGAGCAUCGGCGCACGCACGCGCCCAGCAAGGCGCAUCGCUGCACCACCUGCGGCAAGGCCUUUGCCCUGGGCUCUUACUUGGCUAAGCAUCAGGCCACCCACACGGGCGCCCGCCCUUUCCGCUGCACCGAGUGCGGCAAGGGCUUCCGGCAAAGCUCCAACCUCAUCCAGCACCAGCGCACUCACACAGGCGAGAGGCCCUACGUCUGUGCAUCUUGUGGCAAAUCCUUCACUCAGAACUCACACUUGGUCAAGCACCGGCGGGUUCACACGGCCGAAAGACCCUACCGCUGCCCCGUCUGUGGCAAGAGCUUCCGGCAGCGCGGCAACCUCGCCGAGCACCAGCACCAGCACGCUGGCACCCGGCCGUACGUCUGCGGUGCUUGCGGGAAGUCGUUCCGCUGGAGCUCAGCUUUUUCCAAGCACCAGCGUACUCACCUGGCCCACUGACCUCUGCUCCUGCAAGGAAGGCAGUGGUGGGGAAGCUGGAAGUUUUGCAUUCUGCCUUCUCCAGAGACCGGCAGGCUGCAUGUCCUGCUGCCGAUUUCCUGCAGCCAAAUAGGAUCUCCUCCUCCUGGAGCACAGCUCCAUUUCUUACAGCGGGACACUUAGGAGUGGGUGCGUCAGGCUGCAGACGUCAUGGGCUUGUAGCGCCCUCUCCCUUUUUUAGAUGGUCACGUUUAUUCGGCUGCUCAAUUAAAACGUGGCAAGCCAGUCCUGGUAUGUUUGCCAGCUCCUAAUGGCACCAAUUGAUUUCUGAGCAUCUAGUGAUCCCAUGCCUAGUGCACGCCCAACCUGAGGUCAGAGAGGGAAUUCCUCUUGUGCAACUCCUUGUUCUCCAGGCACCAGGAGACUCAACUCGUGUGCCCUGGUGCAUCCGCUGCCAGCCUCCAAGGCAACCCUGCCUGCAUCCUUCUGCAGGAGAGAUCUUCAUCAAAACGAAAUGUGUUCUGAAACUCUGAUGGUGCUAAUGGAAUCACACUUCCAAAAUCCUCAACUCCACGACCUCCAAUUCGUACCAGGUGGCCUUUUGCUAAGUCUCCACACUGCCCAGUUGCUGCCUGAGGCAUGUGUCCAGCAACAAACCUUGCAGAUCUUGUCCCAUUUUCUGAGCAGCUCUAAUCUUUGGUGGCACAAUUCUAUUCCUACCCUCUGACCUCCAAGCCCCUGACUUUAAAUGUAAGUGGGCCCCAGGGAUCUGGCUUCAAUUCCUGUUUGAGUGGCCAAGUAUCUGAUACCUUAUGUGGGACCUGUGUGAAAUGUGUCUGUCUCAAAACUGAAGUCGUAACCAGCAAGUCCCCGCAUUCAUCCUUCAGUCACUGUUGCUUCCUAGAUUAAAGGGGGGAGAUGGCACAGGCAUCGAAGUUGUCCGUCGUUCUCCAAAUCUGAACCACUGGCUUCAAGUAGUUAAGCUUGUCAAGUGCACCCAUAUCCCCUUGUUCUUUAAUAGUAUGAUACUUGCGGGAUACGGGGUACGGAUAUGCAGACUUUUCUUUUGUUAAUACUGGAGGAAAAUAGCAUAAGAUUUACUUAUGAUUUUUCCUUCUGCCCUUCUGAAAUCCAAGGCAGGCUGUAUUGGAAGUACCCCUAUUUUGUCCUCACAACAGUCCUCAGAGACAUUUGGAGCUGGGUUUUCCUUCCCAGUGAGUACUGUGGGAGUUGGACCUGGGCCUCCUGGAGCCAAGUGGGAGUGCUUCCACCCGCUUUCUGAAGCUGGUUGGAGAAAGACAGGCAAAGUCUGUCCACUGACAUGUCACCUUCCCACUACAGUAUUUUUAACCCCAUGUCACCUGCUUUGCUUUCCUCUUGCCCCGGUAGCUGCAUUCACCCCCCCCCCCCUUGUGAUGCCCUGCUUGGUAUCUCCCAUCCUCCCUUCCUCUGUUCUGCUAUGCAGUAGACCACAACCCGGCAAACCCCAGCCAGGAUGGCCAAAACCAAGGAAUUCUGGGAGUUGUAGUCUAAAAUAUCUGCAGAACACCACAUUCCUCUACUCUGGCCAAUAAUGCAGUCAUAGGAGUUACUCUUUUCUCUUCUUCCAUGCCGUGUUGUGCUGCCAUUUUCCCCACUCUAACCAGGAAUGAGGAGGAGGCCCAUGUCUGUAGCCCGUUAAAGGGAGUGAAAGAACCUAUUCAUUUAGUCGGAACUGAUAAGACAACUAAGUGCCAAAUGCUGCUGAUUUUUCCAGAUGUUCUGUUUUUCUCAGACUGACUGGAACCAUUGUUUUCUUCACAUCUCAAAUAGAAGGUUGUGUAGGAAGAGAGUUUGAUGGAUGGUAUAUUUUCUUCAUUAGGUCAAAAAGAUGUCCAGGGGAUCUCAUCUGGGUCAGCAUCUUGUGGGUAGAGGUGGAUAAUGAAAUUAGUUCUUUCUUGGAGAAUCAUUUACAAAACAUUUUUUCAAUUGAAAGGAACAUCUAUUGGGUGCCCCCCCACACACAAUAAAUCAUAGACUUUAGUCAGAAGUUGUGCAUCCCACAAAUGGAAUUCUGCUUUAAUGAUCUGAAAAUGAAGCAAGCUUUCAGAUAGUUAACAAUAUUCAGGAGAGAUGGUUUCUGAGAAAAUAAAAUUUGACUAAAAUGCUAACAUCCAGCAUAGAAAUCUGUCAAGCAUGGAAUUGGGGGGCACUGGUGGCCUUGCAGUGCAUUUUGUGUAUGUUUACUGAGAAGCAGUUUCCGCUGUGCUGCGUGGGACUAACUCCCCACUGAAAUUAGGCCUGUGUCUUGCAUACCAGUAAGGCUCAUUCCAUCGAAUGGAAUCUGCUUCCAGGAACAUACGGCCAGGCCGGCAGUCUUAUGACAUUGCCUGCUAUUUCCGUUUGUACAGAUCAUUAUGGGUAUCACGCAGAGCCUGCAAUUGUAUGCAUCAGUAAGCCAUGAUUUUGCUCAUGCGUUGUUGACUCUCCCCACUAGCACAGCAGUGAAAUGAACCAGGAAUAAAAAGUUCACCCUGGCUUGUGGCUGCCACAUGAGCCAGGAACAAAUGCUGUCUUGAGAUCCGCCUUUCAAAGGCUGCGGGGAGCCAAGAACCAGGGUUCAGAGGAGGUGGUAAGUCUUCUGUCCUGAUUGGUUUAGCUGAUGGACUUGUGGUAGGAGCCCAGCUGCAUGAGCAGAGCCCUGGCCGGCUGACACAUGCAAAUUCAUGUGUCGGAAAGACCCGCACACACCUCCACUCGCUGUUGCAUUGGGCCGUGGUCGGCUUUCCCUGGGAGGGCUUCCUUCCCUCUCCAUGGAUGCUAAAGGGGCAGUCUUGACUCGAACUGGGAUGAUGCUUACACAAAAUCAAACUGCUGGCCUGUUUAGGUUGGCUGAUGCUGUCUACCUCAGUCUUCCCCAACUGGUCACCCUCAGAACUCUUUGGACUACAACUCCCAUCUCUGGCCAUGCUGGCUGGGGCUUAUGGGAGUUGUAGUCCCAGGCAUCCGAAGGACACCAGCUUGAGGCAGCCUGGUUUACCUGUCUUAAGUUGUGAUAGCUCCAUUAGUAUCCCUUCCCAGCCCCGUUUCCUGAACUCUUGAAGAACAGAGACAGCAGGGUUUGCACCAGGACCCGAAGCCUGUGCACAGCUUUGGAUCUUCCCUCAUUUUAUCCUUCAGUUUGUGGAUGAAAACUACUUGCUGUGUUCAGUCUUCCACUGUUAUGAAAAUCCUAGGCUGAACUGUGUGCAUGCUGGUGAUUAAAAAAAACAAAACUGUUCCAAGGUGAUGAAAAUUCUGCAUCAAGAAAAGGUGAAUUCCGCAACUUGAAUAAAUUAUGCAAAUGUG